UUUAGACCCCAAAUAAGAUAAGUAGGUGGUAAACAGUCGUAAUAAAAGAAUGUCAAAUGCUUUUAUCCUUAUAUUGCGUUAGUCCAUCUGAACCACACUCGGAACCACAUCAUAAUGCGAUUUCUUGCAGUUUUAAUUGGCAUUUUAAGUGUUCACUGUACCUUCGGUACGCAGUGCCAGGAACCGACAAAAGCAAGAGACGAUUGUAUGAAAAUUAUUGAUCCGACACAUGGCGAGUUAUUCGAAAAUCCGCCCUACAGGCCUCAACAUUGUAUGGAAGGUACACUCCUCCAAGCUGUUCGUGACCAACUUGAUGAACGACUUUACUCUAACCAACAGCGCGUUGGCGACUUACUGAAUCGUCUUGAUGAUAUAUCGAUAGACCAUAUGAGGAAAAUACUAAGCGUUGAUAGCAGCGUUAAGCAGCGGUUUAUUGCCCUUUAUACGUCCUUUGAAAAUGCCACUUUUGGAGUGCAUCAAUGCGCGAACAAGCCUCACGUCUCGUGCGAGGAAAUUCAGUCGUGUUGCUCAGCCGUUAACAGUAAACUGUAUGCUCAAAGUAGUGUCAGUUUGGAGACCAUCAGCAGUUUCCUAACCGAACUUAAAACUGAAUUCGGUAAAGUAUGCAACUCGACUAUGAACAGUAUUCGCGAUGUACAAAGAGAUGCAAAUUCUACGCUAGUUUUUAUAUAAUUGUUGUAAUUUUUUAUUUGAAUUGUUUUUGUGUUUUUCAUGUAAUAUAGAUGAAAACCAAA